AUGAAACAUGUGUCAGGGCCGAGUCUCCCGUCAUUGUCCAAUAUCAUUUGGCAAUCCACGAGUCAACCUUUCAACUCUUGGGUAGGGCUGAGUUCACUGCCCACGCGAUUGCAGACUUACUGGGUAGGUACAUCAGACGGCCGCUGCUGCAAGGGUCAACCCAUCAGCGUCUGGCCAAUGCGCCGUAACGACUUACAACGACGUUGGUGGCCUCGUCACUCAUCCAGUCGUGCGCUGCCGCAACUCGAUGGCAUGAUGCAAGGCCCGAUCGACAGAAACGAGUGCCAGAGCGACGCUUAUCCAGCACGGCUAAGUGACCAACGACCUCCAAUCUGUUCCGCUCAGUUCCUACAGCUGUCGUACGCAUCAUAGUCGCAAGACGCGAGAGGCACUGGAAAUGGUACGUUACGAUGUACCUUGUCGAGAGACAAAUGUUCUUACGUCCGUUAGGAACGCCUUCUUCAACAAAUCCACCACUGGAAACACGCGAUAUUUAUAACAUGACGUUAAAUAAAACAUCACCGACAUGUUGUGCUGCGCGGGAUCUUGCUUGUGGUCGAAUCAGCGUUAUCGUUGAAUUGUUUCACAACAGGUGAAAUCCCCGGAAACUUCUCUUUAUAGUAGUUACACUAUCCCUAUCCGAGGUACCUUGAGGAAACACAAUGGGCAUCGACGAUAACUGUUGCUGCUUCUAGAAAUCUGUUUGGCCAACGUCAGCUCGGCGAUGCGGGUCUGGCGCACGCAGCCCAUCUCUCGCCUUGUCAGUGUCACCCAGGCUAGCUAGGGUCAGCGGAGGCAUUCCACGUCAUGUAUUACCUUGAACAAAAGGAGUCGUCAAGUGCGCGUGGAGUUCAAGGUCUUAAGCCACAGCCGGUCUUCAUUUACCCGUUGUUGCACUGCUACAUUCAGAUGGGCAGAUAUUUCAAAGCCAGCCACGUUGUCUUGUCG